CAUCGCAUAGCAUUUGACAUUUCAAAAUGCAACACUGCGCAUAUUCUAUUACAAUAAACAUGUGACAACCGUUUGACACGAGCUAUUGCGUUUCUUUUUUGCUUCCUUUCCUUCUCUGUUUUUACUCAAGAUGGGUAUUAGCCGCGAUAGUGCUCACAAGCGCCGCGCCACUGGUGGCAAACGUAAACCUUUGCGCAAGAAGCGCAAGUUCGAGUUGGGUCGUCCCGCUGCCAAUACCAAGUUGGGUUCUCCCCGCGUACACAGUGUUCGCACUCGCGGUGGUAACACUAAGCUCCGUGCCCUCCGUCUUGAAACAGGUAACUUCGCCUGGGCCUCCGAGGGUGUUGCACGCAAGACUCGUAUUGCCGAUGUCGUCUACAAUGCCUCCAACAACGAAUUGGUCCGUACUAAGACCUUGGUAAAGAACAGCAUCGUUGUUAUUGACGCUACUCCCUUCCGUCAAUGGUAUGAAUCCCACUAUGUUUUGCCUUUGGGUCGCAAGCGUAACCCUAAGCAACAACAAAAGGAAGAUGACAAUGAUGUCCUCACCAAGAAACGUAGUGAAAAGACCAUGAAGAAGUACUUGGAACGUCAAAAGUACGCCAAGGUUGAACAAGCUUUGGAAGAUCAAUUCGUUUCUGGUCGUCUCUUAGCCUGCAUUUCAUCCCGCCCCGGUCAAUGCGGUCGUGCUGAUGGCUACAUUUUGGAAGGCAAAGAAUUGGAAUUCUAUCUUAAGAAAAUCAAGUCCAAGAAAUAAAUUAUUUCUUUAUUAUUAUUAUUAAUAACAGAAAAACAAACUCAAAUUACAAUACAAUUUUUAUUGUAAAAAACAUGCUGGGAGUUGUUGUUUAAAAAAGAAGAGUAUUUGUAGAUAAACAUCUGACAAAAGUAAUAAAAAACUGGAGCUCUGUUGAGUUUUUUUGUAAUUAAAAA